AUGAAAUCACUGCUUCCCUCAAAGUUCACCACCUUCCCAACAUUGAUGAUGAUGAUGAUGGUGCUUUCACUGUUGGUACUGCUUUUCUCCAAUCUCUGUUCCCCUGUUUUCAACAUGACAGCAGCUUCAAAGAUUGAAUCCCAAGGGAGAGCUCUUCUUCAAUGGAAGGCCACCCUUGAAACACAAGAACUUCUUAACACCUGGACGCCAAAGACCAGUCCAUGCAACUGGACUGGAAUCACCUGCAGAUAUAAUGGCCGUCACAUGGCAACCAUCACCAGGGUCCAACUGGGAGGGUUGGGACUGGAAGGGAAGCUGGUGACUCUCAACUUCUCAGCUCUGCCAUCACUCAGAGUUCUCCAACUCAAUGACAACCAUCUACAUGGAUCCAUUCCUGCAGGCAUUUCAGCUCUCUCCAAGCUCAACAUCCUUUAUCUCUCUGCCAACAAUCUCACAGGCGUCAUCCCAUUAGAGCUUGGUAAUUUGGCAAGGCUCUACACCAUGUGGCUCCACAAAAAUCAGAUAAGUGGCUCUAUACCUCCUUCUUUUGGAAAGCUUCUGAAACUGAAUUCCUUAGCCAUCUCCGAAAAUUUCUUAGUGGGUUCCAUUCCUCUAGGUCUUGGAAACUUGACCAAACUCAAUUCUUUAUACUUAUGGAGAAAUGGCCUCACAGGCUCCAUUCCUAGAGAGAUUGGGAAUCUAGUGAACUUGAGAGACCUUGAAAUAUCUGACAACCAAAUAAUCGGUCCCAUCCCACAUAGCAUUGGAAACCCCGACCAAGCUUGA